UGCACGCGAUCAUACCACUUUCCUAACUGGCAGGAAUCAGACGUCUUUUCCUCUUCAUGAAAUAUCACACAAAUGUUUUUUUAGUUUAAAUAAUAUUUGAAAUUCAAUCGCUGAAAAUGAGAACUAUACCCAAGUUAACGUUUUCGAAGCUCGAUGAUGAGACAGGGAAUAAACUGGACCAGAUGUUCGAGAAACAGGACUGUAUGGUCGAGAUUAACCCUGGACGGGUUAUACUGCCAGCGGAUUACAUGACUAUCGGUCAGGAUAUACUGGAUAUGGAGGUGUUGGAAAGCGAUGUUUGGAUGCUCUCUUAUCCAAGAACUGGGUCGACAUGGGCUCAAGAAAUGGUUUGGUUGAUUGGUCACAAUUUAGAUUACGAAGGCGCGCAAUCUCUUCAGCAGAUACGAUGCCCUCUGGUGGAACUGUCGUGUAUUAUGGUGGACGGUCAUGCUGAGUGGCACGACGAAUCAGUGAGAGGUACAUCGGUGGACCUCGUGAAAUAUCGUUUACCACAUCCUCGCUACAUUCGGAGUCAUCUACCCUGGGAUCUGUUGCCCAUUGACAUAUUGAAUGAGGACGGCUCCGUUAAGCCGAAGGUUAUUUACACGUCCCGUAAUCCCAAAGACAUGGUUGUCUCGUACUACCACUACUGCACUCUGGUUCACGGAUUAAAGGGCACUUUCGAGGAAUUUUGCGACCUCUUUAUGAGGGACCGAGCGCCAUUCGGGCCUGUGUGGAAUCAUAUACUUGGGUUUUGGAAUAGACGCGACGAUCCGAAUAUCCUCUUCAUCAAAUUUGAGGAAAUGAAGCGCGAUUUAGCAAACGUCGUCAGAAGGACCGCUAAAUUCUUAAACAAAACAAUGUCUGAUGAAGAUGUUUACAAGUUAUGUGACCAUCUCUCCUUCCAGAACAUGAAAACUAACCGUGCCGUUAACUUAGAAGCGAUUCUAGAAAAGUCCUUUGGCAAAAAUUAUCUAGAACAAACCUCGCUGAGAUUUAUAAGGAAGGGUGAAAUCGGCGAUUGGAAAAACUAUAUGUCGGACGAUCUGUCGAGGAGAUUUGAUGAUUGGGCCGAGCAAAAUCUCAAGGGCAGCGAAUUGAGUUUCGAAUAAGCUUUUUUAUAUCAUAUUUAUGCUAAACGUAUGCUUAUUGUUUUUUAUAAAUAGCACUAGAUAAUUAUUAAAGGGUUAAUUUAGACAUGGAAGAGAACAGAUACACUUGUUAAAUAAUUGUUAUCGAUUAAUGAAAUCAGUAGCGUAGUGUGUAAUAUUUAUUACAAAAAAAAACUAUCAAAAUAAAAUUAUAUU